UCUGAAGAAAACACAACAACCAUCCUCUAGCUUUAAUUUUAAGUCAAAAAAUUGUACAAAAAGCCUUUAAAAAUAGGAAUUGACGCGUGAAACGGAGUGCCUUAACCGCCGUGCAGCAACAACAAACGUGAUAACAUGAGUUUAGGGAAUAAGAUGAAAAGCAAAAGUGAAACAAUAUUUUCGGGAUGGCUCGUCAAAUCACCUCCGCGGAAAAAAUUCGAGAAAAUAUGGAAAUUGAAAUGGCGACGUCGAUGGUUCACACUCAAACAGGGCGAGUUGCCGGGUCAGUUUUUCCUCGAGUACUACACCGACAGCGACUGUAACAAGCUAAAGGGUCAAAUCGAUCUCGAUCAAUGCGAACAAGUUGACGCCGGAUUACGGAUGCUCGAUAAAUUUCAACACAUGUUCGAUAUAAAGACGCCGCAUCGCAUUUACUACUUGGCAGCCGAGUCCGAAGAGGAUAUGCGCGGAUGGGUCAAGUGGAUUUGUCAAGUUUGUUGUUUGCAUGAGACGCGCGGCGUGGAGUCAAAUGUCGCGGAAACGAUUCAAGAAGUCCCCAAUACGAGUCUGACAUCGACCACGAGUAGCGAGGCGACGACACGAACCGAUGUCACCGAUCGAAUGUUGUUGAAUAAUAAUGUGCCUGCGUCGCCGGGGAUCUCGUUGUACAGCAACAUGUAUCAAAAUACCUUCAGUGAUAUGUCCUUUCGUGGCAGUGUCGCCGAAUAUUGCAAUCGACAGACAAUUCUCAUCAGUGAGGCGCACAAAAUGAACACUUUGAACAACAACAACAACAAUAGUAUUACUCAGUUUGAUCGCAGCAUCGCCGAAGCUUACACGAAUUUCAGUACAAUCAAGGCAAGCAUCGAACGAUCGCAUUCGUUGAAGGGAAAACCCUUGAAUUCCACUGGCGCAUCACACAGUCGCACGCAAUCCUUGGACGAGCAUGGCGCGAUGUUGAAACAACAAUCCCGGAAAUUUCCCGAAGCCUUAAAACCGACAAACACAAGUGGCGACAAAAAACCUUCACCUUCUUUGAGUAGCAGUUCGGGGCCGUACAUUCCCAUAAGUGAAUGUUUCUCGGGCGGAGCGUAUCGCAUAACGGGCGAACAUAAAAACAGCUUCAGUCAAUACAGUCCAAAGUCCCUGGGUGGCGGGCAGAACGUUAGUGACUCGGAAAGUGUCUUUACGGAUGACGAAUGGACUCAUCCGGUGAUGCCGCAUCACACACUGACCCGAAAUAAACUUCAAUCUGAAACGUCUUUGGACAAGGAUCAACUCACCUGGGCUUAUGUGCAGCGAUUUAGCAAAGUUCCCGCGGGGAAAAACCCCCCGCCACGACCUCCCAAGAGAACAUCCGGCAUUUUCAGUGCAAAUAGCAACGAAAGUGGCAUUAAUAACAAAGAGAGUCCAUUGCCGUCGCCAUCUGCUUUUACGGCGCCGAAAGAUCGCACCGUCGAAAGUUAUGAAAGAUCCCAAAAUAUGCAAAAGAAUAUUUUUGAUAAUGGACUUCCGACGCCCGGAUUUUCGCCGUUGGAUGCCAUGAACGUGAUAGCAUCGUCGACGCCGAAUUUGAUAGUUGAUACGCAACAAGGGGUCGAUGGAUCUCGAACACUUCCGCAUUCGCGGCAGAAUUUUUAUACAAAUGCCACGCCCGGGAAAGGGGUUGAUGGGUACAUUUUUCGAUAUGAUUUUAGUGAUCAAACAACUCCAGCUCCAGUUGUUAAUCGAAAAUUGAAGCCAGGUACGAAACCGAAGACCAUAAGUGAAUCAAAUGUGUGGGCAAAGAUCACAAAUAUCAAGCAAGGACAAGAAUUUUACACGUUAGAUACUCCUCCAAAGAAAAAUGGGCCGCAAGUUGAUCGGAAAUUGAAGCCAACGUCCUCUUCAAAGGCCAUGAACAUAACCCUACCCGACGAACACACCUUGAACAACAUGCUCGACGACAAAUACCCGGGCGAUCGAUUGCAAUACCUUGACUUGGAUCACAGCAACACACCCGUCACCCCGAAAAAAGUGACUCCGAAAAAGCAGAAUUUCAGUUCGGGCGGUCCUCAGGGCGCCACAAGCACGGGAAAUUUACUGCGAGAGAAGGAACUCUUAUCGUCUGUCGCUUACACAACUGUCGAUUUCGUCAAAACUGACGCAUUUAACCGGAUUCGCGAGGAAGCUCGUGAGACCCGCAUGAAAAAGUAAAGAAGAAAAAAAAAGUAUUUUUUUUAUGUGAGAAAUAUGCCAUAAAUGUUGUACAACGAUUUUUUUUACAAGUAUUUAGUUCUUCCAAAAUUAUUAAUUGUAAUUUUUUUGCGACACUUGAAUGAAUUAUGAACUUUUUUUUUGUAAUUUUA